AUGUCUGCCGAUCAUUCAAGAGAUCCAUGUCCGUUGAUUAUAGUUAACGAUUUUGGUGGUGCCUUUGCUAUGGGUGCUCUCGGUGGUACUGUCUGGCACGGUAUUAAGGGUUUCCGAAACUCUCCCAUCGGAGAACGUCGUAUUGGAGCUAUUUCUGCCAUUAAAGCAAGAGCACCUGUCGUUGGUGGUAACUUUGGUGUAUGGGGUGGUUUGUUCUCCACCUUUGACUGUACCGUCAAGGCAAUUAGAAAGAGAGAAGAUCACUGGAAUGCCAUUAUUGCCGGAUUUUUCACCGGUGGUGCUCUAGCUAUGAGAGGUGGUUGGAAACAAACACGAAAUUCUGCCAUUACGUGUGCUUGUGUCUUGGGUGUCUUUGAAGGUGUUGGUAUGAUGUUCCAAAGAUUCAUGGCUGUUCAAAACAAGCCUAUGGCCCCCGAUUUCGGUGAAGCUCCCGCCGCCCCUGCUCCAUUAGGAGCUUAG